GACUCCCUGUACAAAAACCUGACAAGGAACUUGAAGAGCAUUUGUCAUUACCUUAAACUGUGGUUCAUGGGAGGGGCAUCUGGAGAGGUGAAUUCACCAGGAGCCUAGUGAAUAAACAGUAUUUUACACCAGAGAUACAGAGCUAUCACGUUGAGCUCCAGGGUUCCCAUGGUGUUUGAAAUGAUGUCAGUCCUCUUUCUACUUGUAGUUUGUAUGAUAGCAGGUAAGUCCACCAGAAAUUCUGUUGAGUAAAGAGUUAAUGGAACAUGUAUCUCCAUGGCAACAUGUUUACAUAUUAACCUUAUCUUUACAGAUGUUUAUAGUGUGGACCACCUCACUCCUGUCAAGCCGAAAGAGAACAGUUUAGACGGUACAAGUGUUUCUCUGUCCUACAAGCUCUCUAAAAUUGCUACCGGGAGCGAUUAUUUAUUCUGGUACCGUCAGUAUCCUGGAGAACCUCCACAGUUCCUGCUGUCCAUCUCGGGGCUUGGUUUCAACAGGACAGCUGAGUCUCUUGGUUCAGACAAAAGGUUUUCCACUGAACUGACUGAAAAGAAGACUGGAGUGGAUCUGAAGAUCUCCUCUGUUGCAGUGACAGACUCUGCUCUGUACUACUGUGCUCUGAGGCCCACAGUGACAGGAAACACUGACUCGCUGUACAAAAACCUCACAGCUAUUCAAUCACAAGAGUAUGAAGGAGAAGAAAGAGUGAUUUUGACCAGAGAAGUUGUCAUUGCUACCCAAGGACUCACAGAUAGUCUUGGAUGUACAUUUGAGACCAUUGGAAAAAGUCCCUCUAUUUUCUGGUACAAACAACAACUCAAUGACUUCCCCAGGUUCAUGCUACAAAGCUCUACGCAUGGAAGUGGAAUUAAUACUGCAGAGUUCCACAAAGACCGAUUUGAUGCCCAAAUCCAAAACACAUCAGUUCCUCUGAGGAUCCAGAACCUGCAGCUGUCUGACUCUGCUCUGUACUACUGUGCUCUGAGGCCCACAGUGACAGGAAACAGACUCCCUGUACAAACACCUGCUGAGCACAAAACACACUUCCCUCCCUCCCUGAGAACAGUACACAAACAUUAUGCAUAAAACACAUCAACUCAUCACAACAGUGAAGUCCUAAUUAAUGAUCAAUUUUCACCAUAUUCCAUAUAUGUAAACAAUUGUCUGCAGGUUUUGUCUUUACAUUAUCUUUUUUUUAAUGUGUUCAUUUUAUUUGCGUUGAAUGUAUUUCUCAUUGAAGGUGAAGGUGAGGUCACAUGUCCACCACUGUAUGUCAGUAUUAUCAAGUAGGUGUUUUACUAUUUCCUCAACAUGUUGAGUCAUUGUAUCUUUAAGAGAUGGUACCAUGAAGAGAAUAAGUCUCAUACUUGAGCUGAACAACAGAUAGUUUCUCCUGUUGCUGUAGACCUGCUUUUGAGAUGGAAAACCUGGCUGUGGAUUAUUAUGGCUGCACUUCUAUCUGGGCUGAUAGCUUGGGACUCCAUCUCUCCUGAUAAACAGGAAGUCAGUGGAAAAAUGGGAGGAACUGUAACUCUCUGAUGCUCCUAUGAUACAAGUGAUGAAUAUGUUAUUCUUUACUGGGAUUAUAGUAACUGGAAUAAUUUACUAGAGUUCAGUAUAAUCAAGUCAUGGUUUAACUAUUUCCUCAACAGGUGUGUCACAAAGUUAUUAAUCCAAAAGGGACCACGAAAUGUAAUAGCAUGUGUUCACCUAAAGAGGGAGUCACUACAAUGGAAAACAACCUACAAGUGGUGCUGGGGUUUGGUUCUCCUUUAAAUAAAUUAAAUCUCAACAAUGCACAUAGCAAGACCCCCAUCCAGUGAGCUGAUAUCCUUUGGUGGUGGCUUCAUAAACGCGAGCAAAGUAAAGGAAAAUCUAAAUGAGUUUACCUAUCUAGCGAAACUCAGCUUUUGCUGUGAUGCCCCCUAUUGGUCAUGAAUGGUAACAGGUCUGCUGGGUAUUGGAGAGCCUUGGAGCGAUGAGAUGAUGGGAGGAGCCAGCCACAAAAGGACUGUUGAGUAAAAUGUGUUUGUGUUUCUCUCUCCCGUUCUACUGAAACUCGCUCUGCUCUCCACUGC